CUUCAUCACAGGAACAUCACAGAUCCCUCUGCUGCUGUAAAUCAACUCAUCCCUUUUUGAACAGACUGGUGACCGAGAGGACGACCUGUUGAAGAUUUCAAAGCAAAACCGGUUCUGACAUGCACUUUGAUAAAUCGCCAAAAGAGAAGCCGUGUUGCACUCUGCCCACUGUGAAGAAACUCUUGGAGGAGAAGAGAAAGCGUGAGACGUCAUCUGUGCCACCCUCCUGCUCUACGGCCAGCACCAGUCCUCCAUCUACUAUUACACAGUUGUCCUCAGCAGAACCAUUUACCUGUACAGGUGCAUCAAGCAGCUACUCAGACAUGGCAGUGAGCUAUGAGCAGUGGACCCCAACGCAAGAGUCUACACUCAGUUACUACCCUAGCCAUCCAGGAUCCAGCUACGCCGCAGCCUACAGCCUCCCAAUGACGUCUGAAUACGGCACACAGCAGCAAGUCUUUGACACAAUGCCUCAGUCAUAUGAGUGCCCGAUGAGUGCAGUCGCAGAUCCCAACAUGGCUUCGUCUUGGUCACAUCUGGGUCCCAGUCAGACCGCACAGCUGAGUUUUGGUUCGUCGUUGGACGCCACCAAGCUGGAAGAGGCCAGGAUGCUGCUCAAUGGGAUGGACUACAGCAGAGCCACUGGGCAGGAUGAAGACGGAGACACCAUCCUGCACAUCUACACUGCCAAGGGGCUCAGGGAGUGUGCCUUCGCUGCUGCAGAGAGGCUGAGGGAUGUAGGCAGGCUUGAUGCCAAAGAACACAAGGGAAAGACUGCUUUGCUGGUGGCGGUGACGGCAAACCAGCCGGAGAUUGUGCAAGAUCUGCUGGCCUUUGGGACGGACAUCAACGCCUGUGAUGUUAAAGGACAAACUGCCCUUCAUCUGGCUGCCCACUAUGGCUUACCUGGAGUUCUGCAGGCAAUUCUGUCCAGCAGGCCGGCUGUCAACCUGGAGGCCCGCAAUUUUGAGGGUAUGACUCCUCUGCACUGUGCAGCCAUCUCUCACAGUGUCACCAUGAAGGCGUUGUCCAGCAGUGGGCUGGCAGAUGUUGGCCUUCAGAACAAGGCUGCGGAGAAGCUCUCCUGUGUGCAGAUGCUCCUCAGCGCUGGGGCGUCCCUGCUCAGCCAGGAAAUCAAAAGCAACAAGACUGUGCUGCACUUAGCAGUAAAGGAGGGGAACAUCGAUCUGGUGACUUAUCUGCUGAGGAUUCCCCUGCCGAACGUGAAAGACUUUGUCAACUUGAAAGCGCAUGGGCACACAGCUUUACACAUGGCAGCUGGUCUCCAUGGUAACCCCCACCAGGAGGAGAUCCUGCAGCUGCUGCUGCGCAGAGGAGCCGAUCCCAGCAUCCGCAACCUGGAGAACGACCAGCCGGCUCACCUGCUGCAGAGCGGCCCCCAGGGAGAGCAGCUCAAGCUCAUGCUGAAGAAGAGAAGUGCCUCCUCUCGUCGGCGUAUCGUGUCCUUGCAGGACCAGGAAUGAUUUGAAAAAAAAACCCUCUUGUAAUCCCCAUUUGGAGGGAAUGAGUCUUUAAGAUGUUGCCUCUGUUAAGAAGGGGAUUUACAGUUUAUUGUUAUGUUGCUUUGGGAGUCUCUGGCCUAUAUAUUGUUAACAAACUAGUUUGGCAUAUUAAUCUUUAGAUAUAAUUCACAUUGGAUUAGACAAAUGAUGCCCUAAUGCAUAAAGCUUAAAGCUGCAGUCUGUAACUUUGAGCAAAUAUGAUAAAAAGUAUUUUUUUAUGAAACGGUCACGAUAUCCUGACAGUAGUGCAUGAGACAGAUAAUCUGU